AUGGCAAAUUCCAUGGAUUUCAUUGCUUUUAUGAUAGCAAUUUCCAUCAUUUCCAUAUCGAAAUUUCCAAUGACUGAAGCAGGCACAAGUAGUUUUUCCAUUGAUCUAAUCCAUAGAGACUCUCCACAGUCUCCGUCGUAUAAUUCUUCAUUGCUGCCUUUACAACGUUCCAUCAAUGGUUUUAGAAGAUCAUUCAAUCGACUUAAUCGAUUUAUGACAGAUCACUUCACACAAUCGACCAAUAUUAUCUCUGAUAAUGGCGAAUAUCUCAUGAAAUUUUAUGUUGGGACACCACCAGUUCCCAUCUUAGCGAUUUUUGAUACUGGCAGUGAUCUUAUUUGGUCACAAUGCCAACCUUGUGUCAAAUGCUUUAAGCAAAAGUAUCCAAUCUUUAAUCCCCGUAAUUCUUCCACAUAUAGAAAGCUUGCUUGCAGAUCUUCCUCCUGUAAGGCUUAUCCUGAGUCAACCUGUGGCAAGAAACACAAAACUUGCUUAUAUUCCCAGUAUUAUGCUGAUGGAUCAUUUACCAUUGGUACUGUGGUAACAGAAACCAUUACACUAAGUGCUACAAAGGGCAGAAAUGUAUCCAUUCCUAAGGCGAUAAUUGGAUGUGGAGUUAAAAAUGAUGGUAUAUUUAACGCUGGUGAAUCAGGCAUAGCUGGUUUUGGAUCUGGAAAGGUCUCGUUAAUUUCACAACUAGGCUCUUCAGUUCAAGGGAGAUUUUCUUAUUGCUUGGUGUCCGGUUUGAAGGCCUCGAACUCCAGUAAACUGAACAUUGGUGAAAAUGCAGUUGUUCGUGGUAAAGGGGCCGUAUCAACCCCUAUGGUUUUCAAAUCCGGGAGAACUUUCUAUUUUUUGACAUUGGAAGGUAUCAGUUUAGGGAAUAAGAGAUUGAAUUUCUACAAUCCCUCGAUUAUGGCAAAUGUUACCAAGGCUUCUCAUGAAGGUAACAUGAUCAUAGAUUCUGGAACAACACUGACUUUCUUGCAUACAGAUUUGUACAACAAGCUCUUAAAAGCAUUGAAGCGUACGGUUAAGUUGAGACGUGUCAACGAUCCACUGAUAAUUUUUGACUUAUGCUACUAUUCUAAGAAGCAUAUAAAAGUUCCAGUAAUUACGGUUCACUUUAAAGGAGCUGAUGUGAAGUUGAAUUCAGAAAAUACAUUCUUUGAAGCUAAAAAGAACGUCUAUUGCUUGGCGUUCGGACCAGCAGUAGAAGUUGGCCUUUUUGGUAACUUGGCACAACGAAACUUUCAAAUAGGCUAUGACCUAAUCAAGAAGACUAUAUCGUUUAAGCCCACUGAUUGCAGCAAAUCUUGA